AUGAAACUGACAAUUAAAUCAUGGACUGGCGUAGCAACUUGGCGAUGGAUCGCAAAUGAUGAAAAUUGCGGCAUCUGUCGAAUGUCUUUCGAGAGUACCUGUCCGGAGUGUUCGCUACCUGGUGACGAUUGUCCUUUAGUGUGGGGCGUGUGCUCACACUGUUUUCAUAUGCACUGCAUUGUUAAGUGGUUGAAUUUGCAAACUAUGAAUAAGCAAUGUCCCAUGUGUCGCCAAAGCUGGAAAUUCAAUAUACAUUGAGCAAAAACAACACUU